UCAAACCAUGAAUUGGCAGCAUCUCCACCAUCGACCCGCGCGCGUUCCACAUUUAUCCUGAGACCACAACCUGACACACCAGGCAUAAGUUUCCAACAAUGUAUGCGCGCACCGCCCUCGAAGGUUUGCAAGGGGCGGGGCGACGCGUUUACUCUCCGAGGCAUAGCCCAGCCAUUCCUUCGGGGAAUCCUCCAACAAAUCAAUAUAUUUCAAAUUGCGCGUCCGUCCCCGAUUCGAGUUCCGUUCGUUUUUCACUGUUGCAUUUUCCUUUCUCCCUACGCGGAUACCCUCUAUGGAGAGUACGCGCAUCCCCGGCUUGUUGAAAGAGAAGGACACUUCGCGUUCGGGUUAAAAUCAAAAGUUUGGAAAGACAUAAUGUCACAGGGCGAGGCAUUGGAAGACGUACGGUGGGAGCACCAUUUAAGGCAUCGAGGACGGCUGAACUAUCAUCUUGCGGAGCUGCUGUGGUGUGCGAUAGGGACCAUUGUUGUCACGAGAGUGAUUCAGCGACUGUACGGAUACUGGACGAGGCGAAGAGACAGUAAAGGAUGGACUGAACUGGAGUAUGCGCAUUCUGCGACCCGCGCUGUGCGCUGGGCUGCGUAUCUGAAGGUCGUUUCAGCAGUGCGACUGUCCUGGGGCUCCUUCAGCGUUUCCGGGGGGCGUGCCCUUAUUGUGUGCGCGUACGUCGGUACAAUUGCUUCGCUGCUGCUGUCUGUCGAUGCGCCUACAUUGAGCGAGCACUUCGCCGACGAUGUGGCGUUUCGCGCGGCCUGGAUCACCCUUACCCAGAUUCCUCUCGUAUAUUUCCUAGCGACCAAGCGUGGUCCGCUCCAACUCUUGACCGGAAUGAGCUACGAAAGGAUCAACUGGCUACACAGAUGGGUCGGGCGGACUCUCUUCAUAAGUGCGACGGCUCACAUGGCCAUCAUGAUGUCUUCCAUUUCCAUUGGCGACCUCGUCGACUCGCAUGAGAAGGGUAUGACGGUCGUGCGGUACGGGAUGGGCGCUUAUGGCACUCUUGCGUGGAUUGUGGUGUCGAGUAUACUGCCGCUGAGGAGAUUCAGCUAUCGGCUGUUCUACCUCAAUCACUGGCUGAGUACGCUGGUCUUUCUGGUCGUCGCGGCAAAGCACGUGCCUGCGUAUGCGCGUCUACCUAUACAUGCUUCAUUCGUCCUCGUGGCCGUAGACAAGCUUCUGUCGGGGUACAAGCUGAUCAUCAACAACAUCAGCAUCCGGACGGUGAAGAGGAAGAACUUCAACUUGAGACAAGGGUCAAGUCAGCAAGUGCUUGCAAUGGGACACUCGAUCAAGAUGACGACGCCUGUCAUUGGCAGUGUCACGACCCACGAAUCGACCACCAUUAUUCGUCUCACGAACCUCCCAUUCUCGUGGAAGGCGGGACAGCAUAUCAGACUGCUCCUGCCAAAGCUUGGAGGACUCGAACCGCAUCCUUUCACACCUGCCACCUGCGCCGAUCUAUCCUGUACCCCGCCACCACCCGGUAAGACUAGCGAUGUGGAAUUCGAUGGCCUCCUCGGCCGUGACUACAUCCCUCCCGCAAACGACAUGGUGCUUAUGAUCAAAGCACACUCGGGUCUUACCAAGCGUCUCAAAGACUAUCAUUCUGAGUGGCUUUCGACACCGUGCCCCAACGCCAGCAAAGAGUCAUCAUCCCUUACUGCCUAUAUUGAUGGCCCAUACGGCAACCCACCAGCUUGGGAGUCGUACGAGAACCUCGUCUUGAUGGCGACGUCGACUGGAGUCUCAUUCAUUCUAUCAGUCCUUGAUUAUCUAGAGCAGCUGUGUUUCGAUGGGCACAAGAACCUGCGUACAGAGCAUAUUCGUUUCAUCUGGUCCAAUCGUCAUAUCGAGCCGCAGUUGGAAGUCAUGGUGAAAGAGCUUCUUCUCAAGCACAGCACGCUGCUGAGGGAAUCGAACGUCAAGUUGGAGGUUGAAUUCUACACGACUUGCUCUUCCUCAAGAGACUCAGUCACGGCUCAAGAGAUGCGCGAGUUCGACCCGUUUGCGCAUCUACGACAGCCAAGACAGCAAAAGUACUUUGCUAGUCGCCGACCACUCCGGAUUCGCAACCCUGAUAACCCAAAGGAGUGGAUGGAAGAACACGAGCAUGAGCACGAAGACGAAGUUCAUGAGGUGGACCUCAAACAAGUGGAGCCGCGCGUCAGCGAGAUGCAUAGCCGGUCUAGCUGUGAGACGUACGUGUCUUCGACACUCAUCGACGACGAAGAAGAGGAUGAUGGCGCGUCUUUGUUCUCAGACUUGGAGUCUACUGCGGAAGAGCUGGAUUCGUCUUGGUGGUCACGCUUGCCAUCGCUGCGAUUUCCGCGACCGCAAUUCCACCGCAAAUCAGCCGAUCACAAGCAAAGUUGCUCCUGCGCAAUGCUGCGAAUACAGGAGCGAAAAGAGAGAAAACAAAACUUGCCGUAUUUCAUCACGAGGUCAUAUGGAAUGCGGCCGGACGUCGGCUCGAUUCUAGGAGUGGCAGUCCCUCAGUCAUACGCAGCGAAAACGAUGGUGGCUGUAUGCUCGAACCGGGGGAUCGUAGAGCAAGCGAGCAGGAGUGUUGCGAUGAUGAAUAUGGAGUUUGCGAAGGGGAGGAGGGAAACGGGUGUUGAGAUACACACUGAAGGAUUUGCGUGA